AUAAGACAAUAGCAUUGUCUGCUCUUUUCUGCUUGGUUAGUCUGCAGAAAUUUCAUGGUGAAGGAGAAAUUCCUGAUACUUGCAUUUAACAAGUUUCCCAACUUUUCCUCAUCAGCUGCUUUCCCCACUGAUGGUGAAGAUGACAAGAUCAUUGGGGGUUACGCCUGUCAGAAGAAUUCCCUCCCCUACCAGGUGUCCCUGAAGGAUGGCUCCCACUUCUGUGGUGGCUCCCUCAUCACAGAUCAGUGGGUGUUGUCCGCAGCUCACUGCUACAACCGCCAAAUCCAGGUUUGUCUGGGAGAACACAACGUUCAUGUCACUGAAGGUAAUGAGCAAUUUAUUGAUGCAGCCAAGAUUAUCCCUCAUCCCAAAUAUGAUGAAAACACCAUCGAUAAUGACAUUAUGCUGAUUAAACUGAAGUCACCUGCUACCAUCAAUGCUCGAGUGGGCACUAUCGCUCUGCCAACAUCCUGUCCUUCAACUGGUGCUCAGUGCCUCGUGUCUGGCUGGGGCAACACCCUAAGCCUUGGUGUCAAGUUCCCUUCGCUCCUUCAGUGUCUGAAUGUCCCUGUCCUCUCUGACACUGUUUGCCACAAAGCAUACCCGGGUCAGAUCACUAGCAACAUGUUCUGCUCAGGCUUCAUGGAGGGUGGAAAAGACUCUUGCCAGAGAGAUUCUGGUGGCCCUGUGGUCUGCAAUGGACAGCUCCAGGGAAUUGUCUCUUGGGGCCAUGGUUGUGCUGUCAAAGGCAAACCUGGUGUCUAUGCCAAGGUGUGCAACUACCUGGACUGGAUUCAGGAGACCAUUGCUGCCAACUGA